GAGUUGUGCUCAAACCCCAGAUUCAUUGAUGAUGGAGCCACCAGGACGGAUAUCUGCCAAGGAGAUCUGGGGGACUGCUGGCUGCUGGCUGCUAUUGCAUCACUGACCCUGGACGAGAGCGUGCUGGCCAGAGUCGUUCCUCCUGAACAGAGCUUCACUGACCGCUACGCCGGCAUCUUUCACUUCCAGUUCUGGCAGUUUGGUGAGUGGGUGGACGUGGUGAUUGACGACCGGCUGCCCACCAGAGAUGGAAAGCUGCUGUUUGUUCACUCAGCCGAGGGCUCUGAGUUCUGGAGCGCCCUGCUGGAGAAGGCCUACGCCAAGGUGAAUGGAUGCUAUGAGUCUCUGUCAGGUGGCUCCACCAUUGAGGGGUUUGAGGACUUCACAGGAGGGAUAGCGGAGAUAUACCAGUUGGACAAAGCUCCUCCUCACCUCUUCAAGAUCAUGGAGAAGGCUCUGGGCCUGGGCUCUCUACUGGGCUGUUCCAUUGAUAUCACCAAUUCCUAUGAGACAGAGGCAGUGACAGCUCUAAAACUGGUGAAGGGACACGCAUAUUCUGUCACCGGUGCUGAAGAGGUCCAUCUCCAUGGAGACCCGGUCCAGCUGAUUCGCAUCAGGAACCCCUGGGGACAGGUGGAGUGGACUGGGCCAUGGAGUGAUGGUUCUAGUGAAUGGAAAUAUGUCCGUCCCGACGAGAAGCUGAAGCUGGAUCAUGUUGCUGAGGAUGGGGAGUUCUGGAUGUCCUAUUCAGACUUUAUAAGUCAGUUCUCCAAGCUGGAGAUCUGUAACCUAACUCCGGACACCCUGACCAGUGACGAGGUGGGUCGCUGGAACAAAUCCCAGUAUAAAGGCAUGUGGAGGGGUGGGUCCACUGCUGGAGGCUGCAGGAACCAUCCAG